CAAGUAGAACUGUUUAGUUAGCACUGCUUGAUGGAUCUACAAUGAGAAGAAUAUUGAUUCAAACAAUAUUUUCUGUUACACUAUUGAGUGUACACAUAUCAGGAAUAUUUGGACUUGAAUUUUCUUCAUCUUCUCAGAGCUCAAACAGAGUAAAAAGAACACCAGAUGAUAGAAUUAGUAAUAUUUGUCAACAUGUAACAUGCACUGGCUUCAGCAAUAGAGCGGGAGUGGAUGAAAUAACUAUUAGCUGCUGUGGCUGGGGAGGGGGAGGGGGAGGAGGAGGAGGAGGUCCAAGUUCGGAGGAGGGUCCUCCUAAACUGUGUGUUACUGAUGAUUGUACAGAAAGACCUCCUCCCGAGCCAUCAACCACAGAAGAACCUACUGGUUGGCCACCAACCACUGAAGAACCUACUGGUUGGCCACCAACCACUGAAGAACCUACUGGUUGGCCACCAACCACUGAUGAACCUUCUGGUCGGCCACCAACCACUGAAGAACCGUGUGAUGGAGAUGAUGAUUGUGAAUUGAUACCACCUGACCCUGAAUGCGAAGGAGAAGAUUGUGAUGAUUCAUGUGAACCAGUGGACCCUUCCACAACAGAACAUCCAAGAUCUACCACAGAACCCAAUACGUCAUGUGAAGGCGAAGACUGUCCUGAACCUCCAGUUGGACCUACCACAGAACCCAAUACGUCAUGCGAAGGCGAAGAUUGUCCUGAACCUCCAGAGACCUGCAAUAGGUCUGAUAAAAUCAUUCGAUGUGGAGGUCCGAAACCUACUGGAAAUAGAAUUUCAGGAGGAGAAGCUGCAGGGGAAAAUGAGUAUCCUUUUCUUGCAUACAUUCAGUACCGGAAGAAAAAAUUGCGACGAAGUUCUGGUAUGGUGGGCGUGGCAACUAUCUUAUCUGAUAGAGUUCUAUUAACCUCUGAACUUAUCUUCUACAAAAUUGGAGAUGAUGGACUUCCUCUUCCAGCUCUUGAGAACUUUGAUGUAGUUGUUGGUACUGAUACCUACACUGAAAAUCCUGAUACAGACAAAGUUUAUAAAAUAGAGCGCAUCAUUUUUUCUUCAAACGACAAGCUCCAACUGAAGAUAGAAAUGAAAGAUAAGAUUAUCGGCGCUGCUCUAGUGAUCACCAAGAAGCCCAUUAGGUUUACAGAUUAUUUCUAUCCAAUUUGCAUUUCACACCAGAGUGGUGUCCUGGUAAACAAGAGUGAGGAGGGAAUGGUGGCAGGAUGGGGGCAAACCGGAUUCUUUCUGCCAGAACUCAGACGAAUGCAGAAUUUAAGAGAUGAUGGGGAAAAAGUACAAAUCCAAAGUGGAAGAAAAAAUAAAUUAGAUUCUUCUGAUGGUAGAAGAAUAUAUAAUCUGGCGGGAAAAAUAAUUCCAAGCAUAGACAAACUACUUACAAAGGAGUUUGUGCUCAAAGUUUGGGAUGAAACGUGGAUGAAGGAUGUUGAAAAAGCAUUUAGAAAAUCUGGAAAGUCCAAGUCAGUUGUCAAAAAGUUUAUGAAGACCUGGAAACACAAUUUUCUCAAGCUCAAAUCAGAUGCAGAGCAGGCUCAGAGGAUUCUCGCUAAACUGUCAGAUCCAGAGAUUGCAGCUCAUUUCAGCUUAUCUGUUGUAAUAGACUUCCUAUCUCGUGGAAUACCAGUAACUAAAAAGCGACAUGCAUUGGUUGAUUUGGAGGUGAGAGGUAAAGACUGUGAGAAAGCUAUGAAGUCUAAGCUGUCUGAACAAAUCGUUGAUAUUCUCAAACAUUCAAUGAUUUGCACAAGACAAAAGUGGUCUUCUGAGUUGACAACAGGAGGGCCCUGCUAUGGGGAUGAAGGAGCUCCCUUGAUUUUUCAUGAUUCGACUGGUACAACUCAUCUUGGUGGAAUAACCUUCUCUAUACCAAAAUCAAACUACAUAGGAAGUUUUCCUCCUGACUGUGGCUGUGUUUGUCUCCGGGAUGAAAAAGACUACAACGGAAUAUAUGAUGCAAUUAGAAAUAAAAACUGGAUUAUUCAAACACUGAAACCGUUUAAACUCAAGAUUUGUACCAGUCCAGAUGGAAAAUUCGAAACUCUGUUGAAAAUGUAAUUCAAAAGUUAGAUAUUUGUUAUGUAUUAUUUAAUAAAAAAUGAACUCAUUUAA